AUGAUCAGUACCAAUGAUUUUGAUGAAGAUGAUGAUUUUGAAGGCUUGUACGAAAAUGGUCAUUGGGAAUGGAAUGAGCAGACCGAAGGACUAGAAUUCAUUCCAGAUCCAAAUUUGUUGGCCAACGACUCUUGGAUGUCACCACCGGUUGCUUCGAUAGGGGCAGCUGAUUUCAAAGAUGAUAUUGAUUUGAUAGAACAGCAACGUUUUAAGAAAAAUUUUCAAAGAAAAACUUCUGAAGAUGAUGUUGUUAAGCUUCAGGAUAUAAAGGAUAUAGUUCUGUACACUGCACCUCCAAACUUCAUUACACCUUCGGUGGUACAUUUAAUGCAUUUACCUGGAACAGAUAGGUUUCUGAGAACCUUAAUAUUGUAUCACCAGUAUUAUUUACAGAUUGCGGACGAAAUGGCUAGACGAAUGUUAGAACAAGAAACUAAAGUACGUACUCCAGAUAGCGACGAAAUCGAGAGGGUUUAUAAAGAAAAUCUAGAAGACUUGCGCUUGUUAAUUGCGAAAGAAUAUUCAACUUAUGUGACGGGCAGCGGAGAAUUCAAAAAAUUUCAUCACAUGGGCCCCUCAAAAAAGUUGUGUUCCCUGUCAAAAAAAGGAAAUAUCGUAUUUGAAACAUUAAUUCGUCUCAGUAUUCAAAUAGUGUGGCUAGCGCUCGAUCGUAAAUCCUUCAAUCAGAUAGAGCUAGAAAUGCAUCGAUUAUUUAAAACUGAAAAAUUCAAUAUGAUUGAGCAUACACUAAAAUCGAAUUACGUGGCAAAAAUGUCACCACAAGAGCGUCACAUAUUAUUUGGUGACUGUAUCCAACGUGAGUGUAUGAUGAAGACACAGUCACCUUUGAUGAACGAAAUCAGAUGUAAAAGAAUAAUUGACUGGCGGCUGUUAGGACUUGGAACUGUAAAAUAUCCUUACUUGGGUCCUCGGCUCCAAUAUUUGCAAGACGCGUUAAUAUUGCCUGAGAGUAACCUCAAGAAAAAACGUGUUAGUGUUGGUAUCCUUGGUCUUCAAAGAAGUCGCUUUGACAUCAUGCUGAGAGAGAUACCGAUGUCGUUUGGCGAGUCUAGCACGAUAAUGGGGGCACGCACAUCUUUAGCCAGAGGCCGUAGCAUGAUGGCAUCAAAAAUUUCGCGGACAUCACGGGUGUCGCAAAGUCGCAAGAGCAUCGCAUCUACAAUGUUCACACCCGAGAAAUUAAUUACUGAUGUCUCUUUCCCUUCGAGAGACGCGGAAGAUGAAUGGAUCCCUGGUGAAUUUCCACAAGUACUUCUGCCCCAGAACCACUGCGACUCGCUCCAGAGGCGGAAAUGGAUGGCACGAGCCAAUCGUUUUGCAAGAAAACGCUCCAGGAAAACACAAAGAAAGUUCAGAUGAUACAUAAAACUAUUUAGUAUUCUUAAUACACAGAA